AUGGAUAUAAGGAAGUUCCUUAAAAAAGUAACACACCCUUCCCAUGAAUCUGACAAUACUGAAAGUCAAAAUGAACAUCUGCAUUUAACUAUAAAACUUAAAUAUGAGGCGUCAGAAGAUCUGGAUAUCCCGUUACCCGGACCCUCAUCUGAAGAAAGAAGAACUUAUCAAAAUCAAAAUGACUUGGGUUUCUUCGUAGAGAACACGGCAAUAUCACACGACAAAAAAUAUGACCUAAAAUAUCCCUAUGUACCAAGUGCUCAAUAUAACUUUAAAACGACGGAGAGCCCCAAGAGGCGGUCUUUGGUACCAAAUAUUCCCCUGCUGUCUGAAACGCGUUGGACAGCCAAAUACAAGGCGAUAAGGUUAUUUUCUGAAAAGUUCCUUGCCUUAGGAAUUGCUUUAGAAAAGAUGUCAUCUGAGCCGGAAAUGAAUUCAAAAACGAGAACAAAAGCAAACAUUUUGUUUAAUGCCAUAACAAAUCCUGUUUUUAUGGUUUGUCUAAAAAUAAUAGCGCAUUAUUCUUCACAACUAGAGCCAAUUACAAACAAAUUGCAAGGCGUUUCCGUAAAUCUUCUUUCUGUGAAAAAACAUAUUGGAAAAUUACUCGAGAUCUUUCAAAACGAUCGAAACCACUGCGAGGUUAUAUUUUCUGGAAUAUUCAAAGCUGUAGUAGAAUCAUCCAAAGAUUUAAAUAUAGAAAUUGUUAUUCCAAGGCUUGUUGGACGGCAAACUCACAGAGCCAAUGUUAAUGGAAAAUCGGCAGAAGAAUAUUUUAGAAUAUCUAUAUUUAAUCCCUAUUUAGAUUCUUUAAUAUCUUCUCUUAAAUCUAGGUUUUCUGAAGACUCCAAUAUUGCAUUUUCUCUAAGUUUACUUCAUCCGAUAUACAUACAGAAGGAUAUUUUAUUGAACUCAAAAGAUAUCAAGAACAUAGCUGAAAAGUAUAGCAUUGAAAAUUUUGAGGCUGAAUAUUCAACAUGGGUAUCAAUGUGGAAAAUGAAGCCAGUGACAAUGUCAGAAAAUGUAGAAUUUAUGGAGUUGUUAAUCAAAAAUUGUGAAUAUUAUCCAGCAAUUGCAAAAACCAUUAAAAUAUUUUUAACAAUGCCACCAACUACUUGUUCAGUUGAACGAUUCUUUAGUACUUUGAUACGCGUUAAAACAUGGCUUCGAUCAACAAUGACUGAAAAUAGGUUGUCUGGACUUUGUAAGAAUUCCGUACAUCGAAAAAUAGUUAAGUCAGAUAAGCAAAAUAUUAUUUCCCCAGUUAUUGAUAUUUUUGGCUCUGACAGGCGAAACUAA